AUGCACUGGAAGCUGCAAAAGCUAUUCGACACCUUCAUCUUGAUAUUAAUGCUAGUAUUAGACAUUCGAGAUCUAUACUACAAAACUCAAUGGCUUGGACCAAGCGAUGCCUAUGUAUUUACGACUAAAACUUCCUUUCUAUUCGAUAAUAUAUCCAAUGAAAACAAAAGUCCAAGCGGAAGUUUGACUGGGUGGCGUAUCUUUCACGAUUCUUGUGACCUUCAAGCUUUUCCACAUGAUAAUAAACGUCAAAGCUCUCACUUUCAAUAUCUAAAUGUUCUAGCAACCAAUUGUUCGGCUCCUGAUGGUUUAAUCGAAGAGAUGAGACCUCAUUUCUCAACAAUGUUUCUUACAAGUGACAUUCGCGUUGAUGCGAUGGCCUUUGCAGCAUGUCAAUUGCUCUAUAUUUCAAGACGGCCACCAUUAUGUCAAGAUGCAAUGGUCACUAAUUUCUUACUCAGGUAUCGACUUGAUUCGCCUAAAGUGACGAAUAGUAUGAUGGCCUCGCCAAUGUCUGCAGCUGAGCGUGAAUUACGUUCUCUACUUGAUGUCAUUGGCACAAGUAUACCACUUAGUCGAGUUGUUUGUGUUGGAGGCGUUGAAUUCCAUGAACAAUCAAACGAUGUUUCUUUAAGACCAAUUUUUGGUUGUGCUGGUCCAGACAUUUCAAUUAAAACUGUAGCUUUCGUUGGGCAUUUUGCAACAAGUUUUGACGCCUUACAAAUGAACAAAGCUCAUCUCAUGGCUGAUGAUAUUGAAUUUUUUGGACUGCACUUCUUGUUUCGACAAAAUGCCAUUCGAUCGUAUAAGUAUCUGUUAUCGAAAUCGAAAAGACCAGAUAUGGAGUUCGUACAAAGGAAAAUAGAAGUGACGACAUCGUUAAACAUGAGUUGUUCCGGUUUUCUUUACAACUUUAUGAUUGUUUUGGACGUUGUGUUGCUAAUAGUACACUUUUGGACUAGUUUAGAGCUCUUUGAGCAUCUCAUUCGUUCGCCUCUAUUGCAAAAACUUACGAAAAAAGAAAUGGAAGAUCAAGGACAUGUAACUCUUCUCGCUCACUCACUUGUGCAUAGUACACCUGUUGCAAUUCUCACAACUGUAUCAGCGCUUUUAUCGUGGCUCUUGCUGUAUCCACACACUGCUGUAUGGGAUCUAAGUCACGAAAAAACAUCACUCUCGAGUGUGGAAAUCCAUACGCUUUUAUCAGGAUUGCAAGUAUGGAUUCUGCUCUUGCAACUCGUACAUGUCGUAUGGGGAUUCUUUGUUUUUCUUGAUGAAGGACGAGCCUACAUGUUAGCAACACGUACGUACAUUUCUAGUAUCGAACUUGUAGCUGCAAUUAUUAUGGCAGGCUACUUACUUCAUAGUCGAUUGCUAUUGAUUUUGCCGACAAAGCAUAUAUUGGAACACCAACAAGCUGUCGAUAGUGCUGCAUUUCCAGGACAUAUGACAAUAAGCAACGCGUUUGAAGAUAACGCACAUCUGCUACCAAUUCGUGGGUGCAGCUCUGGAUUAUGGAUGGUGUAUACUCCCUUAUUCGAGCUUUUGCUUCUCUCAUUUCUAUUUGCAACCAUCGGCUUGAUAACUCGAUAUCUUUAUCAUCGUCGGAAAGCCAAGCAUGGCAGUACUGCCGUUGUUGGAGUCGAUGAAUCGGAGCCACAGUCGUCGCAGACUCCAACUCGGACUGAGUUUUCCUCCGCCCAGGCUGCAAUGGCAGGGUAUAAACGUCUUCCACUUGAAGAACUUUUAAAUAUUCCAAUUCGUUCGAAAGACAUUGUACGAAAUGGCGCACCUAAUAGUUUGGAGAAGACUGUUGGUGAUGAACAAUAUCUUUGGUCAGUGCAGUGUCUAGCUCAUGGAUUGUUGCUGGAAAGCAAUCGAUUUCUCAGCACACGACGUGGUUUCUAUCAUAUUUUGCCUGUGCGAGAGCUUAUGGAUAGACAAAGCAAUGAAAAUCAGAAUGUUGAGACAAAUGGGUCUCCUAAACGUCGAAGAUACACGCUGAAUCUUCACUAG